GCCACAGAAUCCACAUUAUCGGACAUAUCUUCUCAGUAUCUCACAUUUGGACAUUGGUUGGUUAAAUAAGCGGCGACAAUGAGGAUUAACUGCGCUCGUAUUGAAUAUGGAGCCUUUUCAUGUGUAUCAGCGAUGUUCUUCGCCCUCCUCCUCUGUCUGCGCACCGCCUGCGGGGAUUUGAGCUACACAGUCGAAGAGGAAAAGAAGGAUCGGUAUGUGAUUGGAAACAUAGCUAAAGAUCUCGGGCUUACUCCUCAAAUGCUGUCAACACGAAAGGCUCGGAUUGAUACAGAGGAAAGCAGCAAACGCUAUGUUGAUGUUGAUUUACGUGGUGGAGAUUUGGUUGUAGCAAAGACAAUAGACAGAGAGAAGCUUUGUGGCUCGAGGCUGAACUGCAUCCUGAAUUAUGAGCUCGUCUUAGAAAAUCCCCUCGAAAUGCAUCGCAUAUCUCUGAAAAUUGAGGAUGUUAAUGACAACGCGCCAAAGUUUCUUAAUGACCGUAUUACCUUCGAAAUUCGCGAGUCCGCUAUUAAAGGGCAACGUUUCCGUUUGGAUGAAGCUCAUGACUCUGAUAUCGGGCAAAAUGGAGUUAAUGACUACUCGCUCGAGAAGAACGACCAUUUCAUUUUAUCUGUACAGGGAAGCACAGAGAAAGGGAAAUAUGCUGAACUUGUAUUGGAUGAAGAGCUCGAUCGUGAACAACAGAAGGAGAUUGACUUGAUUCUGACUGCAGUUGAUGGUGGGAAUCCUCAGAGAUCAGGAACUGCCACUAUACACAUCACUGUGCUGGAUGCUAAUGAUAAUGUUCCAGUGUUUAGUCAGUCUGUAUAUAAAGUCUCUUUGGCUGAGAACGCACCGCUGGGAGCUGAAGUAGUGACAGUGAGUGCAACAGAUGCUGAUGAAGGAGCGAAUGGAGCAGUUUCAUAUGAAUGUAGUCGCAUUGCUGAUAAUGCAGCACAAUUAUUUACAAUUGAUAAGGUCACUGGACGGAUCAAGGUAAGCGGAGAUAUUGAUUAUGAAGAGGAAAAAUAUUAUGAGAUUAAAGUGCAGGCCAAAGAUGGUUCUGGCUUGGCAUCCACUGCAAGUGUGAUUAUAGAUGUCACUGAUGUAAAUGAUAACGCUCCUAAAAUCAUCCUCAAAUCUCUAACCAAUCCUAUACCUGAGAAUGCUGUUGUAGGCACUGAAGUGGCCAUUAUUAAUGUUCAGGAUAAAGACUCAGGAGAUAAUCGACAGAUACGUUGCUCCAUUCAGCAACAUACCCCUUUCCAACUGAAGCCAUCCAUUAAGAACUAUUUCUCUGUUGUAACUACAAGCUCCCUUGAUAGAGAAAAAGAAACUGAUUACAAUAUAACCAUCACUGCUACUGAUGGAGGCUCCCCACCAUUAUCCUCCUUUAAGACUAUUCAUAUAUUUAUUUCCGACGUCAAUGACAAUUCCCCUGUAUUUGAAGAGCAACAAUACAGUGCAUAUCUAACUGAGAAUAACAAACCAGGCACCUCUAUCUGCUGUGUUACUGCGAGAGACCCAGACUGGAGGCAGAACGGCACAGUGCUGUAUUCUCUGGUGUCCAGUGAGGUCAACGGUGUUCCAGUGUCCUCAUUCUUAUCCAUCAAUGCAGACACGGGGGUGAUCCAUGCUGUGAGGUCAUUUGACUAUGAGCAGUUCAGAAACUUCAAAGUCCAGGUUGUGGCCAGAGACAAUGGCUCUCCUCCCCUCAGCAGCAACGCGACUGUGAGUGUGUUCAUAACAGAUGAGAAUGAUAACUCUCCACAGAUAUUAUACCCUGCUCCAGAGGGGAAGUCUUUAAUGACUGAGAUGGUCCCUAAAGCUGCUCUGUCCGGCUCUCUGGUCUCCAAGGUGAUCGCUGUGGAUGCUGACUCUGGACAGAACGCGUGGCUGUCCUACCACAUUGUAAAGUCCACUGAUCCGGGACUUUUCAGCAUCGGUCUCCAUAGUGGAGAGAUCAGGGCGCAGCGGGACAUCAGUGAAUCUGACAGCAUGAAGCAGAACCUUGUUAUCUCAGUGAAAGAUAACGGACAGCCCCCUCUCUCUACAAGCUGCUCUGUCUAUCUGCUUAUUUCUGAUAACCUGGCUGAAGUUCCAGAACUUAAAGACAUGACUUAUGAGGAGAGCAGCUCCAAACUGACCUCAUAUUUGAUCAUCGCGCUUGUGUCCGUGUCCACCUUCUUUCUGACUUUCAUUAUCCUGAUCCUGGCUGUGAGGUUUUGCCGCAGGAGGAAGCCCAGACUGUUGUUUGAUGGAGCAGUGGCCAUUCCCAGCGCGUACCUCCCUCCCAACUAUGCAGAGGUUGAGGGAGCUGGAACUCUCCGCAGUUCUUACAAUUAUGACGCAUAUCUGACAACAGGAUCCCACACCAGUGACUUCAAGUUCAUCAGAUCCUACACUGACAACACACUUCCUGCUGGUGGUUCUCUGAAACUGAGCCAAAAUGACCCUUUUGGGCCAAGUGAGAUAAUGCUUAAUGAUAACGGAGAUAGAGAUGAGGUAAGCAGGGCUCUGUUUAUCCCCUAUUAUAGUUAA